AUGGUCACUCAGCGCCGCCUGUGGAGCGCCGUCCUGGCGAGCCUCCUCCUCCUGCACUGCACGGUCUCGUUCGCCGCGCCGGACGCGCCUCGCGACUCGCCGGGGGGCGGCGAACCCGACAGCCCAGUCGACGACGAGCCCAUCUGGACCAUCGACGCCGCGGAGUCCAACUCCAGCGCGCCGCUUACGGCCGCAGAGGCUCUGGCGCGACGACAAACGCUGGCCACGAGGGCCCCCACCGCGCCCAUGUGCAGGGUCCACUGGACCGUGUCCACAACCCUCAUCGGGGGGGUCGUUUCAACUUUGGGCGGCCAGGUGUUCGGCCCGGACGGCAGGCUGUACUAUGCGGACAGCACCCAGCACAACAUCUACCGCACCACCUCGAGCAACAGCACCACCAGGAGAGACGGCACCUGGGUGAAGGUUGCGGGGCAGGGGCCAAGUGUUUCUGGUUACCUUGAAGGUUCCGCCACCGGGACGGCGCGACUCCACUACCCUCGGAGCAUGGCCUUCGCCCGCAACGGCGCGCUGUACUUCGUCCAGCAGAAUCACUUGAGACAUAUGCCCCCUGACCUCGCCUACGUGUACAUCAGGGUCGGCCCUGUGGAUUCCACUAUUACUGGCAACGGGCUGAACCCGCCGCGGAGCUCCGACGGUUCGGGUCGCCUUUAUGGCCCGUCCGGCUUGUGCAUCGAUCGCGACGAGCGGCUCUACAUCGGUGACAAGGGCAACCGCCGCAUCCUGCGGUAUCUGCCGGACGAGCAGAGGCUCGAGGUCGUCGCAGGCACGACGGGCAGUCAUGGGUUCAAGGACGGCCCGCUCGGCGUCAACCGGAUGUACAACGUCAUGUCGCUGGCGUGCGACAAGGCCACGGACCUCGUCUACGUGUCCGAGUACCAGUACGAUGGUCCUAUCCAGCUCAAUUUGAUACGCGUGCUGUACCGGGACGGCUACCUGAAGACCAUCGCUGGGGCGGCUUCAUCUUUAAAGGGCAUCGCGACGCCGAACGCUGUGUACGGGCCGCUGCUCGAGUACCACUCCUCCAGCGAGAUCUCGAUCCACGGCAAGUACCUGUACUUUGCCGCCAACUACAACUCAGCGAGAGACCAGAACUAUGUCUACAUGAUGAAGCUCCUCGGGCACGGCCCGGCGGGGGGCGUGGUGGCGACCCUCGCCGGCUCCAACCUGGACAUGGUGAACGUCGACGGCAACGCGUCUCUCCCGACAACGUCGCUGGCCUACCCCGCGAGCCCCACGGUCGACCCGGCCACUGGGGAGGUCUACGUUCGCGUCGCCUCGUACCCGGCGGCAGGUUCGCCGAGGUUCCGCGUGCUGACUCCGGAUGCGGGGGCCGAGUCGUGCGUCGAGAGCGUCUUUCCGUCGCGCGCGCCGGGGUGCCCGGCGUCGUCGUCGGAGGUGGUCGACCGGGGCAUCGCGCACCGCUGGACGGGCGGCCGCGUGAGCAGCUUCUGCCGCCACGGCGGAUGGGGACCGGAAGGGGACAAUUUGAAAUGGCAUGGAUACAGGUCCACGAUCUCCCAGGCGCCGUACUUGCUGCACCCCGUCACGCUGGCCCAGGUCAGCAGGGACACGACGGGCCCUGUCGCGAUACCGCUUCCGUGGAUGUUCCAACCCUCGGACACCAUCUAUGCGCCGGAGGACAGAUUCAUGGGCUUCAACGACGCCAGCAGUUAUUGGUUCAAGUUCUUCACAUCGUCGCACUCGACUUUGUCGACCACGACCCGCACCAACGAGGACCUGGGCGGCACCGUGACGUACCAACGGUUUACCGCCACCGCGGCCAACCACUACUACUUCCUGACGCGCACGCGGUUCGAGGUUCCGCCCGGCGGCGUGCCCGCGUCCCUGCGGAUGGCGUUCGUGUGCGAGGACCGCUGCACGGUCUACGUCAACGGCGAGCUCGCCGCCUCGAAGUGGGAGACGGACGGCCCGGACCCGCUCAGCAACCCGUACGCGCGACGGCGCAAGGACCUGUGGAUCGACCUGGGCACGGACCACGCCGGCGAGGAGGACGCGCUGAUGGGGCCGACGUGGGGCUGGGCUGACGGCGGGUUCUACCGAAAGAACGUGCCGCUGCGCGUUGGGAUCAACACCAUCGCCUUCAUGCGUCAAUCUAUGGACGGGUCGCGGAACAGGCUCGACUUCGCGUUCCAUCCGCCCGCCGCGGCGAGCGCGUUCCUGAGCAGCAUUCGCGCGUGCGAGGAACCGAGCGCCGCGGCUGAGGAGCCCCUCGACCAGGCGGCGCCCGUCAUGGUGUGGGACGGCGACACGCUGUUCGUCGGCGAGCAGACCGACGGCGAGCAGGGCGCGAACGCCGGCAAGGUGUCGGUCGUGAAGUACAACGUGACGUCGGGGGCCUGGGAGGUCACGGCGAACCUCACGUCCCCCAACGCGGAGGCGGGGACGCGCAUGGGGGCAUCGAUCGCCGCGGGCGCGGGCUGGGUCGCGGCGGGCGCGCCCGGACACAACAGUGGGCAGGGUAUCGUGUUUCUCUUCCGCGCCAGCUCGUACAGCCAGGUCGGCUUCCUAGUCCGCAGUGCUUCGGCCACCAACGACAUGGGCUUCGGAAGCGCCGUGGCGAUGAGCUCGGACGCGGAGACGCUGGUGGUGAGCGCGCCGACACCGGGCGCGCUGUACUUCUUCGCGCGGACCGCCGCAGACCCCACGUUCGCGCUGGGCAGCCGCGUGCUGGCCGCCGGCGAGAGCGGCCAGAUGAGCGCCGCCAACGGUGGCCACGUUGUUCGCGGGGUCUUCGCCUCUGUGCACGGAUCCCUCACGCUGGACGCGGAGUAUGGCUAUGCGGCGGCCGGGACCUUCGAAAAGGCAGCAUACGAUUACGAGCACAUUCUGCUCUUCCGCUACAACGACGGGGCGCACCCCUACACGUGGUCGCUCUCGUACACGUGGGACUUGUGGCGCACGUUUAGUACGUCCGUUCGCGGGUGCUGGAAGAGACUUCAAAUGACCGCGAGGUAUCUUGUCAUGAGCUGCAGCGGCGGCACAUCGCGACCAGGCGGAUUCAACGGGUACUGGAACGACGUCGGAAGGAUCAUCACGGUGAAGGCGAAGCCUGCGCCCGAGACUGGCCUGGAGAGCUGGAGACACGAGUGGGAGAACCCGAACUCGGGCCAGAUGCAACUCGACGUCUACUCCCCGAGCCACAUCGACACCUUACGCUCGAGGGGGGACAUGUACGGGGCUGCGGUCGCGCUCGCGGACGGCGGAGCGACGAUGUACGUUCUGUCGCCCAAGGUCGGCUUGCAGGUAUUCUCGAUCUCGAAGCACAAGGUGACAACACCAGUGCGCCUCGCGUGGGAGCUGAAGACGACGGUGCCUGCGGAAGCCCUGGGGGGCCUCGAUGUCGACUACUCCCCGAGGGCCUUGGCCGUGGGAUCGGGCGGUCAGGUCGCGGUGGCCACCGCAGACGGCGUCCGCGCGCUGCGGUUCGUCUGCCACGAGGCGGGCCGCGCGUGCUCUGAGGCACUCCGCAAGCAGUGCCCCGCCGGCACGGCGCGGUGCGUCACGACGGACACCGCCGCGCAUUGCGUGCCCGGCGACGACAGGGCAUCGUGCGCCGACGCGCACCUGGUCGAGACCGUGGCGCAGAGCAUCGCCGCGUCCUCGAUGGUCGUGCACGGGGGGCAGCUCUACGUGACGUCGGCCCUGGACCAGCGCAUCUACCGCGUCCUGGACCGCGACACCGGCGAGCUCGAGACCUUCGCCUGGAAGCUCAGCAGCCCGAGCGGGAUCGAGGUCGUGGGGAACACGGCUUACGUCGCCAUGAGCAGUGACCACACCAUCCGCACCUUCGACCUCAGUCAGUCGGUCACUUCCCGCCCCGACAAAGGGCCUCUCAAGCUCGGGUACGAUAGCACGGUCGUCGUCGGCGCAGGGUCGGUUCCUGGCGACGCAGUCGGCUCCGCAUCGGCGACGCGCUUGCGGUCGCCUGAGGGCCUGGCGCUGGAGGGCACCGACAACGUGCUGAUCGCCGACACGGGGAAUCGACGCAUCCUGAGGUACACGAUGUCCACGUCGACGGUCACGCUCGUCGCGGGCAUUAGCGGCGUGGUCGGCCUCGUCGACGGGUCGGUUUCGCACGCCAGGUUCUAUUCACCCGUCGCAGUGGCGUGGGACGCGAGCACGGGCGCGAUCUACGUUGCGGAUCAGGGCAACCAGCGGAUCCGCAAGAUUCUCGGCGGGCAGGUCUCGACCUACGCCGGAAGCAGCAAGGGGGAGAGGGACGGCUUCCGCACGUGUGCGCAGUUCUUCUCCUUGGGGGAAAUCAAAGUCGACAGCGCCGGCAACCUGUACGUCGCCGACGGCAGCCGAGGCGUGCGGUUCGUCAGUGCAGCGACGGGCAACGUGUCGACCAUCGCGAGCGGCGCUGGGCAGGAGGCGGGGCACGUCGACGGCCCGGCGGCAGGCGCGCGCUUCGCCGACACUUCCUGGCCGAGACCCGGGCUCCUCCUGGAAGAGACCUCGGGCAACGUCACCAGCGUGUACGUGGCAGAGACGACAGGCGCGGCGCACUCGGGUUACGUGCGCCGCGUGUUCGCCUACACCGGGGCGGACGCUCCGCGCGCCAGCUACGUCGCGCAGCACCCCGCGUGUGCCUCCCCUCUGGAGGGGGCGGCUUCGUGCCCGUUCUCGCAGCAGUCGUGCAGCGAUGUCGGGGGCUGUCCUGGCGCGCAGACGUGCCGCGACCAUCAGUCGGGCCAUUCGUGUGGCGCCCCCCUGGACGUGAUGGCGUGCGCGGCGAGCUACUCCGUGUCGGCGGUCGCCGGCGGCGACGAAGGGCCGCACCCGGCGCUUGGUGAUCGCCCGCGGCUGGACGGAAGCGGUCGGGAGGCGUCGUUCUGGCACCCCACGUCGGUGCACUUUGCCCGCGACGGAAGCGGUGUGGCGUACGUGACCGAGUGCCGGGGCCAAGCGGUGCGGCGGCUCAGCGGGCCGGGGCUUGCGACGGUGGAGACGCUCGUGACGGAGUCGGACCAGAGCAUCGUGAACUGUCCGUGGGCGUCUGCCGUGGUGGGCAACGACCUGUAUGUGGGCUCCUUCUACAGCACAGGCACCUUCGGCUCGAAGACGUUCGCGCGGUAUUCCUUCGCAGAUAUCUCGAACAUCGCGAGUAGCAGGACGGCCGCAGUGAUCGGCAGCGCCUCCGGCACGCCUGGCAUGGUGGGCCAUCACGCGCUCAUCCAAUUCGAAAGCGUUCGCGGGAUCGACUCUGACGCCUCCGGGCGGAUCCUGUUCGUCGAGGGCUCGGGCCAUCGCGUCCGCGUCUACGAUCCUUCCUCGGGCAUGAUCACCACCCUCGCGGGCACCGGGUGGCCGGGCCGGCGCGACGGCCCUGCGAGCCUGGCGUCCUUCGCCGACCCGUCGAGCAUCGCGCACGACCACGCGACCGGGAUGUCCUACGUCACCGACUCCAAGGCCGUCAGGCAGGUUGCCCCCGACGGUUUCGUCCGCACCGUCGCCUCCUCUGACCCCGCGGGGGUGUUCGCCGGGGGGGGAGUCGGGUCGUGCGCGCGCGGAAUCGGCAAGCCGCUCACUGUGGCGGCCCACAGCGGCGAGGUCUUCUUCGCCAGCCGGCUCCCGGACUCGGGGGAGAAUCGGGUCUUCCGCGUCGAGGGGGUGAACAUCACUGCGGUCGCGGGCGCGCUCCGGUCCUCCCUCGGCUACGAGGCGUCCCGCUCGGGCCCGUACACCGGCCCCGGCGACCUCGUAGCCAUCGGCGAUAUCCACGGGAUGGCGAUCGAGCCCAGCAGCGGCAAGGUCCUGUGGAUCGACGCAGUGCCAUCGGGCGUGUACGCGCUGGAACGCACGGGCCCGCCGUGCGCCGCGCCCGCUCGCACGCCCUCGACGGGAUCGCUGUGCGGGUGGAAGCACAGCCGAGCUGCUUGUUCGAGCGCGUCCUGCCCGGCCGGGACGACCUGCGAGGAAGCGGACGUCGGGCAUCACUGCCGGCCCGCGAACGCCAGCGCCGCUGCGUGCGACGAGCUGUGGAGCGUCAGCACGUACGCGGGGUCGGGCUACGUGGCUGAUUCGGGGAGGUCCGACAACGACGGGAACCGCCUGAAGACGGCAAUUCUUGAUGCCCGGGGCGUCGCGAUGCGCUCGAACGGCGACGUGUUCUUCACGUCGCCGGUGCGCAAACAGAUCCGGCGCGUCGACGCGGCGACAGGGGACGUGUCGACCUACGCCGGCGGCCCGGGGGUGACGGGCCUGCUCCGCGACGACGCAGACCCGCUGCAAACCCCCUUCCGCACCGUCACGGCAAUCGCGGCGGCGCCGGACGACACGCUGUACGUGGUGGAGUGGGACCACAACCUCGUCAGGACCAUCGCUCCCAACGGAGCCGUCACCACGGCGCCAUUCACGGGCAUCCCUUCGGGCUCCUACAGCUCGGACCCCGACGGCUUUGGCAGCGGCGAGACCGAUCGCAGGCAGCUGGCGCGCCCGACCGACAUCGCUGUCGUCCCUGGCGCACCGGGCGACCUGGUCGUCUCGGAGGGCGAGGGCAACAAGAUCGUGCGCUACGUGGCGGGGAGGGGGGUCUUCAUCCUCGCCGGCAACGGCGCGCCCGGCUUCCGCGACGGACCGGGGACGCAGGCCAUGUUCAACAACCCGACGAGCGUGGCGGUCGACGCGUCGGGCAACGUCUACGUCGCAGAUCAGGGCAACUUCCGCGUGCGCCUUAUCGACCCCAACGGCGUGGUUUCGACGCUGAUCGGCUCUGGGUCCUACGACGGCGGGUUCAAGCUCGGCGCGGGGUCGUGCGCGCAGAUCCAGCCCGUGUCCGUCGCGGCGUCCUUCUCCGGCGCCGACGUCUACGUCACCGACGCAACCGUUGGACGCGUGUUCCAGGUCCGCGGCAACCAGCUGAUCCCCGUUGCGGGAACCGACGAACCAGCGGGACUGACCUGCCUGAACGUGCCGGCGGCGGCGGGCGGCCACGUGUGCGCGAACGUCACGCACCCCUGCGCCGGCGCGUGGGCGUCGUCGCGGGUGGCCCCGACCGUGGAUCUGGCGGCGCAGCCCCCCUCUCUGAGCCCUCCCGAGAAGGUCAAGUCGCUCGUGGCUGAUCCGGCGGACGACAGCAGGUCCAUCAACGUCCACACGGGGGUCAUCGCGUGGGUCCAGGGCCGCCCCUUGGGCACGUCGGGCGUUUUCGACGGAGACGCUGCGACGUCGUGGAGCGCCAGCUCUGCUGUCAGCCUGGUAUACGAGAUGCCGGCGGCCGUCGUGGCGACGGCCUACCACGUCCACCAUAGCGGCACCACCAUCAACCACAUCCUGCAGGGCUCGAACGACCAUGCAAUCUGGGAGGACCUGGAUGGCGUUUCGGGGUCCUCCCCGGGAGACAAAGACUGGAGUCUUACCCACCCAUACGCAUCGCACGAGAGGGCGUUCAAGUGGUUCCGGCUUGCCAUCACGCCUUCCUCCGGAAUUGUUGGAAUAGUCGACUUCAGCAUCACCGUCAGGCGCUUCGUCGACGGGGGGGUGGCAAACGCACCGCCGCCGCUGUCGCAGCCGCGCGACGUGGCGAAUGUGGCCGGGGACGUCCUCGUCGCGGACGCCGCGGGUCACCAGGUGCGGAUGCUCAAGCCAACGGGGCAGUACCUGAUCUCCGAGCCCGUCGCUGGCGUCCAGGGGCAGGCAGGGGCGCUGGUGACGGGCGACGUACGCGGCGCGGCGCGCCUGGACAGCCCCGCGGGGAUCGUCAGGACCGCGGGCGGCGCGAUCUACAUCGCGGACGCUGGGGCGAACGUCGUCGUGAAGAUCGAUGGAACAGCGAUGUCGGUGGUGGUUGGCGCACUGAAUGGGGCUGCGGGCUCCGACGUGGGGGCGCCGACGCACGCGACGGUCGGGCGUCUGAACGGCCCCGAGGGCCUCGCGCUCGACCGCGACGGCACGGGGCUGUUCAUCGCCGACACGGGCAACCACCGCGUGUUGCACUUCACUGGUUCGACGCUGGUGGUCCUGGCGGGCUCGGCGGGGAGCCCGGGGCUGCUGGACGCCGUCGGUGGCGCCGCACGCUUCAACGCGCCGACGGGCGUGGCGUUCGAUCCGUCUUCGAACCGCACGUACGUGGCGGACAAGGGCAACAACGCUGUGCGCGUGAUUUACAACGGCACGUACGUCGGGACGUUCGCGGGCUCGGUCCAGGGCGCCGCCGGGUACGCAGACGGCUUCCGCGGGUGUGCGCGCUUCGACGGCCCGCACGGGGUCAUCCUCGCGGACGGCGCGCUGAUCGUGACGGAGGAGCGCGGGCGGCGCGUCAGGCAGGUCAACCUGGGCGGCACCGUCUCGACCAUCGCGACCCCCGAGCAGCUCGGCCUCGUGCACCCGCCCGCGAACGCGACGCUGAACCCCGCGCACUCGGGUCCCAUGGGGCUGGACCGCGCGGGCCCGGGCGACGUGUUUGUUGCCGUCGGGUCGCUGCCGGAGGUGCGGCGCCUCGCGCUGGGCGGCUCGGCGCCGGCCAACUGUACCACGGAGGCGCCGAAGUGGAACUGCUCCAUUGGAUGGGAGAACGAGUGCGCGGAGGGCAGCAGCGGCUGCGACGCGACGACCCUUUGCUACGACCCGCCGGGGAGCAAGUACAAGUGCAGCUGCCCCUCCGGGUACACGGUUGACGGCACGCCGGCAGGGGCCACGGACGACAUCGGGCCUUUCGUGCCGUGCAGCGACGUCGACGAGUGCGCGCACGGCACGCACACCUGCGCAGAGACGCAACGGUGCAGCAACGUCGCGGGGAGCUACUACUGCACGACCUUCUGCGACGCGAUCGCUGGCGUUCCGAGCUCGUUCUGCGUCGCUGGCCAGUGA